CCCCACCUGGACGCCGAAUCACCAAAAAGUAGUGCUGGGAGUUCUCGAGAGAGAGAGCCAGCAAGGAGGCAGCGCGGAGGCCAGGCCACCGUCGCGUGGCGUCCCACCACCACCCUCCCUAUCGGAUCCCGCUGCGCGCAGAUCCGCGAGCCCCGGCAAUGGCUUCCACGCCGGCGGACGGAGCAGGCGAGCCGGUCGAGGCCAAGGGCAAGGGGAAGGAGGAGGGGGAGAAGAAGAAGGCGGGAGGAGGGGUGCUGGGGAGGAUGUGGCGCGGGAUCUUCGGCGGCCGCGAGGACUACGAGAAGCGCCUGCAGUACCUGUCCAAGGAGGAGGCCGCCGUGCACGCGCGGAUGCGCCGCCGGACCCAGUUCUCCCGCCGCACCGUCCGCAACAUCAUCGUCCUCUCCGUCCUCGCCGAGGCUGUGGCUGUUGGUUAUGCCAUCAUGAUGACAAGAGACGAAGAUCUCACUUGGCAAAUGAGGGCAAUUCGAGUGCUGCCUAUAUUUGUUUUGCCUGCCAUAUCGUCUGUGGUAUAUUCAGCAGUUGUAAACUUCACAAGGAUGCGUGAACGGAAAGAUGAAAAAACACUGGAAAAAUUGAGAGCUGAAAGGAAGGCCAAGAUUGAUGAACUGAAAGAACGGACGAAUUAUUACCUUACACAACAGCUUAUCCAGAAAUAUGAUCUUGAUCCAGCUGCAAAAGCUGCAGCAGCUUCGGUUUUGGCAUCUAAGCUGGGGGCGGAUUCUGGCUUAAAAGUACAUCUUGGGGAAGAACCAAAUUUUGAUGCGGCAGUGGUUAUGAGCAACAAUGCUGAGAUACUGCCAUCAGAUGGUGUGAGAAACAGGAAGCAACCCAAUGCAAGAGGCAGCAGGACUGGAAGCACUACAGCUGCUCAUACUUCGGUACAAGGUGCUGAAUCUAGCUCAACUCUUAAUGCUGGCCUGGAAAACGUACAGCCUACAAGGGUUGUAGAACAUUGUCAAGGCUCUGGGGCAAGUGAUGGUGGAUGGAUUGCAAAAAUCGCUGCCUUACUCGUAGGGGAGGACCCAUCACAGUCGUACGCUCUGAUCUGUGGCAAUUGCCAUAUGCAUAAUGGCUUGGCCCGGAAGGAAGAUUACCCACACAUUACGUACUAUUGCCCACAUUGUCAUGCGCUAAACACAUCAAAGAACUCGAUGGGGCAAUACUCAGGCUCCAGCUCAGGCCCAUCGACCCCAGUUGCUCCUGCUGAUGGAUUAUCUGCUACAAGCUCAGUAGUAGAGAGUGAAUUAAUUAACAUGGCUACAGUGGAGGAGUUGCCAAAUGAAGAACACACGGAGAAGAAAGUGGAGGCAAGUUGAUGAUGGUCCGUUACUAUCACUGUUGAUCUUUGUGAAAUUAGUUCAUAUCGCCUCGUUUGAACUGGUUUGAGCUGCAGAUGUAGCACUGUUGUAAAAUUGGAAAUAGGUGACUUAUAUGAUCCACAGCAACCCAGUACAAUAAUUAUUUAGCCAGUUUGUCCAUACAUACUUGAGAGGACGAAUUUUGUUGGCAAUGGGGACUGCUGGAGUGGCGAAUGACAACCUGCCGCCUGACAAGUUGAGGUCGGGAAGCUAUGAGGUGGAGGCGAGCAGGUGAGAUCAGUCGGAACAUAGUAGUGGUGUAAAACAUAGAUAUGAUCGAUGCUUCUAUUUUACCCAUAUUUGUGUCCAGUUGCUCCGUUGGAGAUGGGAAAUUUUGACAGUGUUUGGACAUUUACGGUCACAACUUAUUUUUGUAAUCUUGAUUGAUAGCACUAAGUUUUGCUGACUGA